AUGAGCAUAUUCCAGCAGCCUGAAGAGCGCGUCGGACCUGCAUUCAAGAUCCCCGAAGUGCUCGACUCGAUAUGCGUUUAUCUCGACGACCCAGACCUCGUCAAAAUGGCCUGUGCCUCAAAGAGCUUCACAGACGUGUGCAUGAAAAUCCUUUGGGAAUCUCCUGUAUUUGAUGGGUCGCCGUUGGUCAGGAUGAGCCGGCUGUUCCCAGAGGAUGUAGGGAAGCACCUAGGCCAAGGACUGCGUCCGGGUGCGAGAAUCCCCCCGGGGGCAUUCGAGCGAUUCGACUACUAUGCUGGACUUAUCCGGUCACUCCAUCUGUGGCAUCCCGAAGAGGAGGCCGCCAUCGCCAGAGUGCUGACCGAUAGCCGGCCAGGGCUAUGGCUCUUCCCAGGCUUGGUCGACCUCGAUCUAGGCGCAUCAACCGAAACGCUCCGAACAGCACCGUUCUACUUCAGCCCGUCUAUACUCUCUCUCCGACUCAACCACUGGGACCUCAAUGGCAUGCGCGAGCUCUCGGCGACGGAGGACGUGAAGCGCUCGCUCUUGCGCGCAUGUGCUUUCCCAAAACUCGAGAAACUCGAUUUGGCAGACGCGCUCUACACGCGCCUGGAGAAUGAUGGGGACCUUGUGGAAGCGUUCACCGACAUUGCACGGAGGGUGUACGAUUGUCGUGCACUUUCGUUCCUCACUGUUCCGGGCGUGUUCGCUGCCCUAGCAGGGAACAUGAGGCUGCAUACGGUGUAUCUGAACCUGGUUGAUAAACAACGACACCACGAGCAUUUGCACGUCAUCCUCUCCCGGCUUAGGGACGAUUUCAUUGCUCUGCGCAAGCUCGGGCUCGCCUGUUCGGCAAAGCACGCCGUACGCAUGUUGCAAGAGACACGGCGCGCAUACGAGCACAUCGAUCUGCAAGUUGAUACACCCAUCGAGGGUGUUCAGCUCCAUGAGAUUGCUGUCGCCCUCUUCCUAUCGAGCAAUGGCCUGCGCUAUUUCCGGCUGCUCACAUCGGCUCACCUUUUCUGCGAUGUCGACCCUCCUUUACGGCUAUCUGAAGCGUUCCAGCCUCUACAGAGCUGUCGCAUGUUGAAACAUUUUGAGCUGGCAUUAAUGUUUGAUGAAACACAUAUGAUGCGAGAUGUCGAGCUCGUGGGAUUCUUCAGGCUUUGGCCGGAAUUGCGCGUCUUCGUCUUGAGAUGCGACACGGAUGGUGACAGGGCAGUGGGGGAUGAUGAUGAGGGGAGCUAUAGUGGAUCUGAGAGCUUGAGGGAGAAUGGUAUCACCCUCUUCCCUCUAACAGCGGCAGCACGUCAUUGCCCGCGGCUGCAUACCCUCUCACUGCCAUUUGUCCAGACGUCGGAGAUUCCAAGCACGGAAGGCAUCGAGCGCGUUGAUGGGAGCGUCGCCAUACGCUUGAACAAGAGUCAUGUGCAUAACCAUCAGGAGGUAGGGGAGUUCAUGGCCAGGUUGUGGAGGGAGACAUAUCUCUCUCUGGGUGGGUGUGUGCAUCUUGAGGGGAUGACAAUGAGAUUGUGA